CCCCUCCUCGCCUCUGCAUCCACCCCUCCCUCCCGGCGCGCUCCCUCAAGACAGCAUCGCUCCCCAUCCCACCAUGGCCACCACCGCUGCCAUCGCCACCAAGGUCGAUUUCGCCGGCAAGGGCGCCUCCGAGGCCGGCCCCACCCUGGCCGACGUGGUCGCCGCCAAGAACCUCUCCUCUGCGGAGACACGUAUUACCGCCCUCGAGAAGAUCCUCAGCCACUCCUCCAUGGCCGAGGAGACCACUCGUGCCAAGGAGCAUGCUCUCCUGGCCCUGGGUGAGCAGUUUUCCGAGCUCGGUGAUGGCCAGCGCCUCCAGACCCUGGUCCGCACCUCUCGCGAGUUCCUCAACUCCAUUCCCAAGGCCCGCGCCUCGAAGAUCGUCCGCGACAUGGUCGACCUCCUUGGCAAGAUUCCCAACGCCCUGGACCUCCAGAUUCAGACAACUCGUGAGGUGCUCCUCUGGGCCGAGGAGGAUCGCAGCGCCUUCUUCCGCCAGUCGCUCGAGCUUCGCCUGGCCGCGCUUCUGCUUGAGGCCCGCCAGUUUUCCGAGGCCACCGGGCUCAUCGACUCCCUGCUGACCGAGGUCAAGCGCCUGGAUGACAAGCUCCUGCAGGCGGAGCUCCUGCUGCUGGAGAGCCGAGUUUACUUCGAGCUGCGCAACUAUGCCAAGUCCCGGGCGUCCCUGACCGCCGCGCGGUCGUCCUCCAAUGCGGUGUAUUGCCCGCCUCCCCUGCAGGCGGCUCUGGACAUGCAUAGUGGCAUUCUUCAUGCGCAGGAGAACGACUUUAAGACCGCCUUCUCCUACUUUUACGAGGCCCUGGAGGCGUACACCGGGCCCAAGUUCUCCGACAACAAGCAGGCCCUGCGCUCGCUGCUGUACAUGCUUCUGUCGAAGAUCAUGAUGGGGGCCCCGGAGGACAUUAGCGUCGUCCUCGGUGGCAAGGCCGCCCUGCGUAUUGUGGACCAUGCGGACUCUCGGGCCCCGGUGGAGGCCAUGCGCGUGAUUGCCCAGGCCGCUGGUGCUGCCUCGCUGUCGGACCUGCGUGCCGCGCGCGAGGAGCAGCCCCACUCGGCAGUUCUCUCGGUCGAUCCCUUCCUGUCGAUGCAUCUGCGCAACCUCCAGAGCGACCUGCUGGAGAAGAGCCUGCUGCGCGCGCUCCUGCCCUACUCGCGCGUGGAGCUGUCUCGGAUUGCCGAGCUUGUGGGCGUCGACGAGACCACCAUCGAGACCAAGAUUUCGCAAAUGAUUCUCGGGAAGCGCUUCCGCGGCGUGCUCGACCAGGAGGCCGGGUGUCUGGAGAUCUUUGAUCCUGAGGACGAUGACACCCUUUACGUUGAGGCUCGCGGUGUCAUUGAAAACGCCGGAUCUGCUGUUGACGCGCUUUUCAGCCGCGUCGCCAAGCUUAACUAAGUCCUUGGCCCGUCCUGCUGAAACAGAGGAUGGAGCGGAUCCUCCACCUGCCACCCAAUCCCCGUCAUGCCGAGGUGGAGUGGGGAAAUCUCCCUCCUUUUUUCUCCCCCCCCCCCCCCCCCUUGUUCCCCACGUGCACACGCGCUAGCCGAUGUUCACACCCGUGCAUGCAGACACAACGCCCCCCACCUCUGUGCCUUGCUCUGGCCGAUCUGUAUUUUGUAGCUCCCCGUGCUCUCCUCCUUCUCCGUGCUGCUGCCCCUCCGUGCAAUGUCCUUUCCCCCCCUGCAUGGCUCAUCCCCUGCCUCUCGUGCAGCGGCGUCCUCUCAUUCGAAUAAACAUACAACAUCCCCC